UGUUUCUCUGUAAUAAACACCAAAAGGGGAGGAGUUCCUCAUAUUUGCUCCAGGCUGUGCUCAGUUAAGCAGCUAGAGAGGUCAAAAAGCAGUUCCCCAGACAGGAGCCAUCAUUUGAGAUGCUUCCGUUGACUGGGAAAACAAUAAUAUUUGAUAGCUUUCCUGAUCCUUCAGAUACCUGGGAAAUAAUUGAGACUAUUGGCAAAGGAACAUAUGGAAAAGUUUUCAAAGUGUUAAAUAAGAAAAAUGGCAGCAAAGCAGCAGUCAAAAUUUUGGAUCCUGUUCAUGAUAUUGAUGAAGAAAUUGAAGCUGAAUACAACAUUUUGAAAGCUCUCUCUGAUCAUCCCAAUGUAGUCAAAUUCUACGGCAUGUAUUAUAAGAAAGAUGUGAAAAAUGGAGACCAGCUUUGGCUAGUUCUUGAGCUGUGCAAUGGUGGAUCUGUGACUGAUCUUGUGAAAGGAUUUCUGAAGAGAGGUGAAAGGAUGAAUGAACUUAUAAUUGCUUACAUUUUACGCGAAGCUCUGAUGGGACUUCAGCAUUUGCAUGAAAACAAAACUAUCCACCGCGAUAUUAAGGGAAAUAAUAUCCUUUUGACCACUGAAGGAGGAGUCAAGCUUGUGGAUUUUGGGGUGUCUGCUCAGCUGACCAGCACUCGUCUCCGUCGGAACACCUCCGUGGGCACCCCGUUCUGGAUGGCUCCAGAGGUGAUUGCCUGUGAGCAGCAGCUAGAUAGCUCCUAUGAUGCCAGAUGUGAUGCAUGGUCACUGGGUAUUACUGCAAUAGAGUUGGGAGAUGGAGAUCCACCCCUUGCUGAUUUGCACCCUAUGAGGGCACUCUUCAAAAUACCAAGGAAUCCUCCUCCAACACUACAGCAGCCUGAACUGUGGUCACCUGAAUUCAAUGACUUCAUUAAGAAGUGCUUGACUAAAGAUUAUGAGAAGCGUCCAACAGUGUCUAGUCUUUUGCAGCAUGAUUUUAUUAAGCAAAUUGAAGGAAAAGAAAACGUGCUACAAAGGCAACUCAUGGAAUUUAUUGAUGUUCAUCAACAAAUGGGAGUCACUGAAAAGGCAAG